GGAGUUCCCGCAGGUCGCUCGCUGCUGUGCAGCCGCUCGCCGCCUCGGCCCGGCACCCGCCGUCCCGCCCGCCCCGCCGGGAAGGAGCCGGGACCGUUUCGGCUCCGAAGCACGCGGCCCCCUCCCGUCUCGUCGUGGCUUUUCCAAACCCUCCGAGGAGAGCGGGAUCGUUCGGUCCUUCCUGUAUUUCCGACCAUUACAGGAUCUAGAGAUGUCUACGACGCUGUUAUCUGCCUUCUACGACAUCGACUUCUUGUGCAAGACGGAGAAGUCGCUGACCAACCUCAGCAGCAUGCUGGACAAGAAGGCCGUGGGCACCCCGGUCGCCUCCUCCGGCUCCAGCUUCGCGCCGGGCUUCCUGCGGCGGCACUCGACCAGCAACCUGCCGGCCCUGGCCGCCGGCGCCAAGUUCCCCAGCCCCACCGGCUCCAGCUCGUCGUCGUCCUCCUCGUCCUCGUCCUCCUCGUCGUUCGGCGGCCUGAAGGAGCCGGGCUCCGGCGGCGGGGGCGGCGGCGGCGGCAGCCCCACGGCCCUGCUGAACAAGGAGAACAAGUUCCGGGACCGCUCCUUCAGCGAGAACGGCGAGCGCAGCCAGCACCUGAUGCAGCAGCUCCAGCAGCAGCAGGCGGCGGCCGGCAAGGGGGGCGGCUCGGGGGGCGGCGGGGCGCCCAUCAACUCCACGCGCUACAAGACGGAGCUGUGCCGCCCCUUCGAGGAGAGCGGCGCCUGCAAGUACGGCGAGAAGUGCCAGUUCGCCCACGGCUUCCACGAGCUGCGCAGCCUCACCCGCCACCCCAAGUACAAGACCGAGCUGUGCCGCACCUUCCACACCAUCGGCUUCUGCCCCUACGGCCCGCGCUGCCACUUCAUCCACAACGCCGACGAGCGCCGCCCGGCGCCCGGCGGGGGCACGGCCGCCGCCGCCCCCCCGCCCUCGGCCGCCGCGCCGCACCAGCAGCACCACCACCACCACCACGCGGCCCCGCACCCCGCCGGCAGCACCGGCGACCUCCGCGCCUUCGCGCCCCGCGAGCACCCGCUGGGCGGCGGCUUCGGGCACCCUCGCGGCGGCGGCGGCGGCGGCGGGGAGCGGCCCAAGCUGCACCACAGCCUCAGCUUCUCCGGCUUCUCCGCCCACCACCACCACCACCACCACCCCCCGCACCCGCACGGCGCCGCCCCGCCGCCGCCGCCCGGCGGCCGCUUGGAGGCCGCGCUGCUGGAGAGCCCCGGCGGCUCCCGCACGCCGCCGCCGCCCGCCUCGGCCUCGUACUGCGAGGAGCUGCUCUCUCCGCCCUGCGCCAACAACGCCUUCGCCUUCUCGGGCCAGGAGCUGGGCAGCCUGAUCGCGCCGCUCGCCCUGCACACGCCCGGCUUCGCCGCCGCGGCCGCCGUGGCCGCCGCCGCCUACUACCGCUGCCAGCAGCAGCAGCCGCCGCCGCCGCCCGGGGGCUGCCCGCCGCCCCCCGCCUCGCCGCCCUUCAGCUUCCAGCCCCUGCGCCUCCUUUCCGAGUCGCCCGUGUUCGACGCGCCGCCCAGCCCGCCGGACUCGCUCUCGGACCGCGAGAGCUACCUGAGCGGCUCGCUCAGCUCCGGCUCGCUCAGCGGCUCCGAGUCGCCCGGCCUGGACUCGGGCCGCCGCCUGCCCAUCUUCAGCCGCCUCUCCAUCUCCGACGACUGAAGGAUGGAAGGAUGGAAGGAGGGGGCCGCGGGCGGUGGGGCGCGGGGAGCGAGCCGGCCCCCCUCUCUGUCCGUCUCCUGUCGUGUCUUUUUUUAUACGCGUAACCUAUCCAUGUACACACGAGAGCUGAACAAAGCGAAAAGCGUCUUGCGAAAGGGCGACUGACGUGAACUGAACAAACCUAUUUUUCUAGAGAGACCUUGGAAGAAGGGGGAUUUGUGUUUCGGGGUUGUCCUUCUCGUUCUCCGGAGCCGAGUUCUGAUCCGCACCAGCAGCACCAUUCCAUCCGGGAACGCGGCCGGACCCACCGCGAGCUUCUCCAGCGCGAAAUCCAACAUCCUGCCAAGAAUAUGCCUUGAUAACAACCUUCUAUUUUUUUUAUAUAUCUAUAUAUUAUUAUUAUAACAAAUGCUAAAACCUUCAUUCCAAAGUUUAAUAUUGGUUCCAUUGCCACCACUUAGUGGAUGUUUGGCUUAGAACAACUCUUUUCUUUUUUCGUUGUUGCUUUAUUUGGAAGCACUCGACCGAGUUUAGUUUGUAAUUGUUGGAGAAUAACUGCUGAUUUUUUUUUAAUUGUUUUUUUUUAGCUGUUUUGAGUUGAUUGCAUGAAUGAGUCACUGCACACAACUCAACAUGAAACUAUUUAACUUAUUUAUUAUCUCGUGAAAAGUAUGCAUUGGUAAUUUGUUCAUACUGUAUUUAUCGGGUAUGAUGAAAAGCAAUAGAUAUAUAUUCUUUUAUUAUGUUUAAAUUAUGAUUGCCAUUAUUAAUCGGCGAAACGUGGAGUGUGUUCUUUUCACAGUAAUAUAUGCCUUUUUGUAACUUCACUUGGUUAUUUUAUUGUAAAUGAGUAAAAAUUCUUAAUUUAAGAGAUUGUAUGUAAUAUUUAUUUCGUUAAUUUCUUUCCUUGUUUACGUAAAUCUGAAAGAUUGCAUGGUUUCUGUACAGAAAUCGGUCUCGAUGCUGUGGAAGUAGUUUGAGGAAUUUCUAUGGGGUUUUUGUAGAAUGUAAAUGGUUGUAGCCCGUCCGAGUAGAAGAAAACCAACAACGGGAGACUGACUUUGGCAAUCAGACUUCAAAGUGGCGAACCUGACGCAGCCUCGUUCCAAGUGUAACCAAAAAGUGUUCCUCGUUGCCUAACUCCACCACUCACACUGUGAUGUAGUCUCAACGGAUGUAGCAAUAAUUGGGGUGCCCAGUAUUAUGCCUCACAGUGCCUUCUGGAGGGUCCACGCUUGCCUUAAAUACUUCUCAACCAAAUGAGUAUUUCUCUUAAUGCUUGAGGUGAUAAUUUGAAUGUAGGGAUGGGUUUUUGACUACAGCAAAAUUUCACCACUCUUUAUUUUGUAAGAAUGGCGGCCAUCUUUGGAUCUGAAACUUUAUACACGAGCAUAUCUUGUUUAAUUGAAUUCCAAAACUUGUGAUAUUAUUAUUAUUUUUUUUUUUACUUGCGUAGAAAGUCGGGAGUUUUCCAAAACUUUCCUGGACGGUGGAUGAAUGAGCGGUAGCUUAGUUUUGUUUGUACAUAGGUACAGAUUGAGCACUAUGUACUCUUUUUGGACUACUUUAACAGAAGUAUGUUUUGAAUGUAACUAAAGGAUAAGUCAACUUGAGUUGUAAUAUAUUUUUCGGGAGUCAGUUCACUACAAAUUGUGUGAGACUGUAAACUUUGUACUGUAAAUGUUUUGUAGUUCUCCCAAUAAAAUUUUUUUGGAAAAAAAAAAAAAAA